UCUCCAAGCCAUAUUACUGCUUUCUCUAUCUUCUUAGAAACAAACAGUUUGGUGAUUUUCUUUCAAAUUAGUCAUGUUGGAAGGUAAAGCAGUAAUUGGUGAAACAGAUAUGCUUAAGACGAUGCAGCAAGAUGCUCUUGAUUUAGCAGCAAAAGCCCUGGAUUUCUUUGAUGUCACUGAAUCAACUGAUAUAGCUCGCUUCAUAAAGAAGGAAUUUGAUAGAAUGUAUGGUCCUGGCUGGCAGUGCAUCGUGGGAACUGAUUUUGGUUCAUUUGUCACACAUUGCUCUGGCUGCUUCAUCUAUUUUUGCGUUGGCAGCCUUGCAAUUUUGCUCUUCCGGGGUUCUGCUGUUCCUAACGCUGAUCCAGAGGCUGAGGCAGACCAGUUUCCCGCCUUAGAAGCAGUGAAAGCAUAGUAUUUGGUUACAUUUCCUCUCCUCCUGUACUCCACUUAGUAGAUUAGAAUUUAAAAGCAUUCAAU